AUGGCAGAAUCCGAUGAAAGUAAGCCGUCCUUAUAACACUUACACUGUUUUUAGCUAUUCCCUUGAAAGAUCGAUAUGAAUCACUAAAGUUGCUCUGCCGAGAGCAGGUUUUAGUACGAUUACUUUUGUUUAAUUUUGAGUAUUUUUCAAGGCAAACGAGCUUCUAAAGGACGAAAUAGAACGACUCAGGAAGUGUUUUGAAGAAGUAUCGAAGCACAGAACGUACGUCACAGUAUAUUUCCAGAGUUCUCUUGUUAGUUAUCUCUUAGAGAAAUUGCUUUCGUGCAGGCACGAGUCAUCUGCUGCCGGGGAUACGGCACCCUCCAGGUGAGGACACCGGCGUUAUUUAACGUUUUCCGUAGACAAGAACAGUUUACGCAGUCUAUGUCGUCUGAGCGGCGUCCUUCGGUUUCACAGGUUCUUCUUCUCAAAUUGCUCACACUUUUUAUCAUAGCACUUAGCGUCCGUAGCCCCAUCGUCCACCUCACGACGCAAUAAAGGUAUGCACUGCCGACUGCCUAUUCUCAUUUGCACUAUUGAAUCAAAUUCGGUCGUACUUUUAGAGAUUUCCGGGUAUAGCCCUCUUUUACAGAUUUCUGCGGCUUAUUCUUUGCGGUUCUAAACGUUACUCUUUCGUAUAAUCCCUUUGCAGUCAGGGCCCGUCUUCUAUAUUUUCUUUAAAUGCUUCUUAGGCAGUCAUAACGAAUUAUCUCUGGAUGGCUCUGAUGCCGACAAUGAUUCUUGGGUAAGUUCCUGCUUUGUUGUAGCGUUAUUCUUCCAUCUUUUUCCGUCCUCCCUGUUGUGCCCAAGGACUAAGCUGCAGUUGGUCUUAAAGUUUCUCAUUUUCCCAGCUCAAUUUUUAAUUAAGCAGUUCUUAGGCUGUUAGGUUCCUUAAUUAAAUGAUAAACACGACUUUAUACAUGACCUGAUCGGUGUGACGCCUUUUUGUAAAGGGCGAAGGAUUGUUAAACAUGUUUCUUAACCGUGGGUGCACAUCGUUUUACCAUGGCCUUGCACCAGUUUGUCUUUUUAAGCAGGAUCAGGACACUGACUGUGUAAUUAUGCCCUUGGGUGUGUUUUUUUCACCGAAAACAUGCAUAUACCUCGCUUUUCCCUACUUCACUAGCAUGGCGAAUACGACAACGGCUGGGAUGACGGUCAUCAAACUCCCAAUUACAGACGAUCCGUAAAACGGCCUCCUAAAUCAAUAUCUGGUCCUAAGGCGGGUCAUCAGCCUGACAACGGCAGUGGUACACCACAAGCCUUUAAAAAGCCUCGGAUGAAUUCGAGCAUGUCAUCAGUAUCACGAGAGUACUACCCAGCAACUACCAGCCUCUCCACUCGACCUGCAGAUGAUUUCUGCGAGGAGCCGCCAUUAAUAUAUUCCUCUGCAAGGGGCAAACCCAGCACACACCCACCAAUGUCCGAUGCGCCAAUGGAGUUUCGUUUGCAGCCCUCUACAGCUGCGACUGCUCCACCUCCCCAGACCAAGAGCCGGCAGGGCGAUUUGGUCGGUGCCAGACCCAUUUCGAAGAUGGCUGGUCAUUCACCGAAAACCCCAACCAUUCUCACGUCGCCAAAUGCCGUGCACGUGUCGCCGGGGAAUCCUGCUGCCCGUUUGUUUAUUCAGAAGCCGGGCUACCUUGGACAACGCAUGCAUUAAUUUAAGUAAGUAUCGAAAGCCGCUUUUUGGUAGACCUUUCUUACACCUCACUGUAAAUUACCUUGUCAGUGUUUUAAUCUACUGUCUUUUCUGUUCAACCAGCCAGAUCUCCCGCCUGUCUGCCGGUCCGCAUUUGUACAGCACCCGACUUUGGACCACCUCAAUUCUGUUUUUAUGGACUUUACCUAAUACCCCUCACAGGCCGCGCUCUCUCCUAUACAGGACUUUGUGUAUGUUUCUCUCUCCUCGCACACCCACCUGCUCCCAUUGUAAAUGCGCCACAUUGCUGUCAGACCACUUGUCAAGAUUUUAUGGUCGUUUUUUGUUCUGCCCCUUAAUCACACCAGAUGUACUUAGACCAUGCGUCAUCAGGUCGCCUGACCGGUGUCGUCGUGUCUCAAGGCUAUUUCUCAAUGCUUGUACAAUAUGCGCAGUGCUGUGUAUGGUUUGUGUGAGACACCUGCGAUGAGUUUUAAGCUCUUUAUACUGCGUAACUUUGUUUUCGUCCUCUCCCGGCACCAGUAUUUAGAAGUUGGGCUUCAUUUUGUCAUUUUGCACGUAUGGUAGGGCACUCCUGUCUACUUAGUCACUGCCCUAAAAGCCAUCGUAUAGUACCCUCUUCGGGUCUGGUAGAGAUCCUAAGGAUACCUGGGGACUCUUGACAUCAUUUUCAUCGCCUGUCAUCUCUUCGCGUCUCUCACAGACAUUUUCGAGCCUUUGGUUGCCCCGAUGAAUGGGAAGUGCGCAUUGAACCGAAGGGAUUGUCUGACUGAUGUUUCGUAUAGCUUGAGCGACUCUUUACUUUCAAAGCGUUUAGUGCAACAAUCGAUCAGAAUUUUGAAUAAACAGCCGAAUUGAUCGGCCUUGAGCCGAUCUUUUUUUUUCCUUCGUUGCCUUGGCCUACUGGCUGUCGUUUGUGAGUGUUGGUGGCCUCCUGUGUUGUGUCGUCGCCCCAAUUGGGGUUAGUUGCGUUUGUGUCCCCCUUUUGGGUGAAUUGGUCGGCAGGCCGUUUUUGCUCGGUAUUCUUAAGCUCCGUAUGACUGCCUUGUCCUCGUCACGGCGUAUGUAGUGACGCAGGACUUUAUAGGCUACAGGAAGGUCUAGAUGCCUGUUAAUGGAGUUGGCAUCUGAGUGCCAAGCCUCAAGUGUGAGAAGUUCUGUCUUUCAGGUGCCCCGGCCUGAGACGGCUGCUCCUUGAAGGUCAAAACUGACCAGUUUCCCCGAUGUGAGUCGCAAGCUGAGUUUUGGUCUAGUUUCCGAGUUGCCAGUUUGUGCUCGUGUGGCGGGUCUGUAAUUUCCGUCUGGUUUCCCCAACGUACUUGCAGUCUCCACCGUUGCAAAGUAUUUGAUAGACAACUGCUGAGGUCUCAGUGGGUGGCAGCAUGUCUUUGGGUUGUAUCAAACGACGACGAGUUGUUGCCUGGGGUCGAUGGACAAUGCUUAACCUGGUGGUUUGUAACAGUCGUGAAACCGCCUCGGAGGCUACUUUGGUGUAAGGAAUAGCCCUCCGGACUUCGGGUUGUUCUUUUUGUGGCCUUCGUUCGUUCACUCGGCGCUUUCUUUCCCUGAUUAAGUAGUUUUGGUAUCCAUUUGCUCGAAAGAGGUCGUUAGGGUAUUGUCGUUCAACUCUUCUGUCGGUUGGCGUGCUUCGGUGUGUUUCAACUAUUUGGAAUAGAGUCUAGGAUGGGAGGUGCGGAGCAAGCAUGCUGUUAAUGCAACCGUUCUGCUGCCGAGGAUUUAAGUCCUUCGACAGGUACCUUUACCAGAAUUCUCUGUGGUUCCCCAGAAUGGGAACUUCCGCUGCUUCUUCAGUCAGAAGUUGCUCAUCCCAGUAACUUCUGUGGUUGUGCUCCAUUCGUCAAUCACAUCACAAAGUGUCUUGUCUGGAUCUUUGCUUUCGUCUCCAGGGAUGCAUCCUGACAAUAGACACGGCCAAAUAGAUAGCGAAUUCCGAAUUUACGAAUUAGUGCCAUGAUCCUAUUUACUGGGACUGGCCUGGUCUUAGUGUGUCCUUCAACUAUCCUGUAUGAUAUUACCAACCAUGGAAUACGGUCAGAGGCAUGUGCUGGCCGUGCGUACCUGAAGGAGGCUGCAACACAGUCGCUAGGGAAUUCUGAUUAUGUGUGUAGAUCAUGUGACUUGCACCUCUUACCGUCUGCUACUGGUUUUAGCGUCAUAGGUCCUUAGUAAUGCAUAUGCAUAUAUAGUGCAGACCGCGUACUGCUGAUUCUUGAGAUAUCAACGACCCAAUUGUUUGUGCUUGUUUGGAAAAUCUUGCUAAUUCAUUAACAGUUUCAUCCCCACUGGAGAUGGACGUCACGGUGGUACUGAACAAGCCGAUCGUCUAUUUGGUCCACUGGCGUUAGUGCUACUGAGGUGUCUUCGGUGUGCGCAUUGUCAAUCUUAGCCGCGGGCAUUCCUCGUGUACAGCGUCGUAGAUUCGGAAUUUAGAUGAACGGCCAGGUCUCGUCUAUGCGGUUUGGAGCGCAUGCACUUGUCGCGUUCAUUAUAGACAUGUGAACCGAUCCGUGUCCAUAUACGAUAGCGGCCUCUGCAAAAAACGCGUGAUAGGCCCUACCAAGCAGAUAGUCAACAAACAGGCUCUGGGUCAGGUCGGCACAUCUUCGACCCAACGGAUGACUGCCGUGUUGGCGAGGGCGCGCGGAUUUACUCAAACAUACGCCACUUUGGGAGGAAUAUGGACAUUAAUAACAAAUGAAAUCAUCUUAAUUUUUAACCACGGUGCUACAGACUAACCGGGAGAUUCUUGUUGCUGUCUGGCCUUUUAGAGACUCAAAGACUAAUGCACGCAAUCACCGGAGUUGAGCGGGUUAGCUAGCCACUGUGCCGACAUUACUGAAUAGCCCGGUGUGUGUUUACGACGUCGCAGAAAAUCGACCGUCAGUAGACCAGAUUUCAGAAUGCCUCUUCCAAGUCUUGACUCGAGUUGGGUCUACAUUUCGUGUCUUGACGUCGCAGAACUAGAGUACAGGUGAGAGUCAACGGCAAAUAAGUCAGGAGUAGCGCUGCUAUUUUGCCUUGCUCUCGUCAGGGUUAAUUCACGAUAGAGACGUGCUGAGGUUCAUCAGAUAGACGUAGCAAAUUCAUUCGUCCUCACUGCUUGAGUGUGAGAGUUAUCGCGUUGGCGCGAAGUCCAGUAUGCAGCACGUAUCUCCACUUCUUGUCAGAAAUGGCCGUUUCUGUCCGGGUUCCAUUCAGUCCGCCUAUGGAGGACCGCACAGUUUGUCACUUGCGGAUGCCCGCUUCUUCAGACAAAUUCAAAUAGACGUGGAUUAUAUUGAAAAAUCGUAAGAAUCAAUUUCGAGCUGGGUCUCCAUUCUCAACUCAGCCAGUAGGCGAGGCAGCAUUUCGUAUUCCAGCAACGGUGGCGUAUGAUGCCAGACUGGCGUUGAAUGCAUGAAGGUGGACAGAAUUAUACCGUUGACUACGGCCUCCCCGAAUUCAUUUAGUCGUGGUACUGGUAGGCAGCUACCAGACGAAACGGGUCUGCGGCCCUAAAACUGCAUUCAGGUCGUAGAGGUUCAAAGAAGUGUGCAGUUUUCAUCAACGCGUGAGUCGUAUGCCAACACGUAGGGCCGCGCUUUCGACCAACAGCCUUCUCUGAGGGGAGCAAGAUCACUCUUUUGAGCGCACAGUAACUUGGACCGUCUUUGAAACAGAUCAAUAAAGAGCACAUCGUCCAAUAAUGCCGCGGAACGUGGAUAGGGACUGUAGUGCGCGGAAGGACUUGACUUAAAACGGUUCGGCCGUCGUUGUCGACGUUAUACAGCGUGUGCUCCACAGCAAGAUGAGAGCGAGAGUGGUGACUUGCGCGUGAAUCAGUCCAAAGUAAGUGUGGACUUGCGCAGCAUCUACAGCACUCGCCCCUUCCCCCCCGCAUGGGCCGGGCGUCAAAACAGCGUCAGGAAGAGGGGAGGCGGGAUAGCAGGCAGGUGACUAGUACGGCGUACCGCCACACCCCGUGGUCCACAGCAUACACCGGCCACGAUUUUACGCCAAGUAAAUAAAUGGGGUGGCCCAGAUCCCAUGGUGUGAGAAUGCCAUAAAGGCCACAUUAAGGAAGAGCCGUUGAAGCAUGACCGUCAACUCGCCAAUCCGCAACUCUGCAAAAACAGACAGUGGACUGCCUGUGAGGCCUGAGCUCGGUCCUCAAUUGUCAAUUUUUAAAGCCACGGCACUUAGCGCAUGGUGAUUGUAUCAGGCUCGGAGCACACAUGCAGCAGGGCUGCCACACAAAGAAGGUACCGAGGAACACAGUUCUCAUUUACGCAAGAGGUGCCGGCUACAGGCUUGCCUUGUGUGAUGCUAAAUAUGGUCAUGGGUGUUGUAAGGGCUGAUGAGGAAAGGUGUGAUGGUAUGGUAUAGCUGGUGGUUUACUACCACGGGCAUCCAAACUUACAGGACUGCAUUUGAGUAGGCAGAGGUCGCUGACUUGCAUUCCGUGAGUCAGCAUCACAAUUCGAAUCCCCGAGAACCCAAAGUUGUCUACUUUCGAAAGCAUAAAUAUAAUGUGUAGUCGGUUUUUAGAGUUAAGUAAUUACAUUUCCUCAGUCAUUCCGCCCACGUAGGACAUGUGUGAAAUGCCUCGGAUAAUGAAAAGUCAAAAAGUCCAUGCCAACGACAUUUUAUCACAGGUGGUUUGAACAGUACUUCGGGUUUACAGAAAUGUUAGAUGAUACGGAAAUCCUAAACAGUGAUUCUUUAUUGUCGGCGUAAAAAUCGAGGAGAACAGUCCGCCAAAAAAACUGACCAUGUAAUCCAGGUUGUACUGCUCAGUGGAUUGAUUUUCAGAUACAACGAAGCCUCGCACCAGAGUCUCACAGCGAGCUAUCAAAAAGUACGGUCAAGGUGAUCGAAGGCCCUGAGGACGGGUGUUGCAAAAUAAUUCUUAUCAAAAGUCACUGGUACAUGAUGGGCGAGGGGAGAGAAUGACCUCGAUCCAAAGUUCAACUAGUGUACAUUUGCGUCAGUAUUCUCAGCCCAAGUUGAUUUUGAAUUACAAAGAGGCGUUGGAUGACGCUGUCGGGGUUGCUAUUUUCCCCAUUUAAGGCCAAGACAGAAGCUCCUUCCGAUUCACACAUAGACUUAUUUCACAAAGGCUGAAUCGAUCAACUGUUAGGUCCCGGUACCAUUCGAACGCUCCUGGUUAGAUGUCAUUUGCACACUAGAUAAAACCUCAUGUCUCGAGGGGCACAUUGUCAUUUUCAAUUUUAAGCUCCCUUGACUGGAACAACAUCCUAGCGGUAUUCAGGAUAAUGUGCAGUAUAUAGAUCGCUAUUACACAAUACGCAAAAAUGAAAAGAAAAAAUUUAUUGGCCGGACGUUUCGGAUGCUCACUCAGACCCGUCAUCAGAGAUAGUCGCAGAAUGAAUCCCCCAUGGCAAUUAAAUCGCGUUAGGCUAAGGGUCAUCAUUCCGAGCCUGUCAAUAAGUUAUUUUAAAAUAAUGAAGCCUAUCCUGCCAAAAAUGCAAUCAAAACGUUUUAAGUGCGUUUAUAUAGUAUAUUUUAGGCACUUUACGAAUAUAAACAUUGUUUCCUAACCUUGUGUACUGUUCUAGUUUUUUUUUACUUAGGCACAUUUUUUAUCACGGGGCAAAGUUCGCCUGCUGAUAUAACGGGUUUUCCAAAUCUCACUCCCCGCCACAAAGUUAACUGCCACCAAUGUUUGAAUCCAACUGUGCACCACAAUCGCAGCACAGGGAGUUGUCUACAUGUUGCAGAAGUUCUUGUAAAUUGGUGUAUGUAGAGGCGUGGACAUAAUCUGAUGGUCGUUCAGUCGCAAAGACCUUAAAAAUGUCGACAAUGUGGUGAAUUUGGGGAUGAAGGACAACCACGAAGGAGUCCUCAGUCCUAUAGACGGUGGAGAACAAGUUCUCAUAAGUACAUUCAUGACUUGGGCCUGGAUGAUGAGUUAAUUGUGAAGUUUAUAAUCUUCGAUGCAGACAAUGAAUUUAAUUUUUUUGGACGGAUAGCCCUGUCCCUCGAGUUUUUGAGUAGAUGAGACAUGGUGAUUGGUUGCUAGAGCUGGAACUCUAUUGAUUUCAAUGAGAACAUCUCGAGUAUGAGGCCCUAUUGUAAAUCCUCGCCCGCUCUUGUCAGUCGGCUGCUGCUACUUACGAGCACCUGUAUUUGGGAGGGAGGAACGCCUGUCUUUCACCAUAUCCAUGUUGUCAACGCACGGAAUGUCUGAGUUAGGCAUUUCCGAGCACACUGCAACCCGACAAAUCAACUAACUAGCUAUACAAACAUCUCCGUCGCCACGCCGACACCGACCCCACGACAACCACCACCACCACCACCACCACCACCACCACCACCACCACCACCACCACCACCAACACCACCACCACCACCACCACCACCACCACCACCACAACCACCAUCAUCAUCAUCAUCACCGCCAUCUGUCAUCACACCCCUGAUGCCACCACGUCUCAGUCGAUGUCAUCGACCCCCUCCAUCCCAUCUAUCACCCUGUCACAGCCCACGCGACGAGCACCAACACCCCUCCAACCCCCACCACCGAUAAGAACAAUCUUGACGCCUCGUCAACCAACACCCUCACCGUCCCCACCACCAGCAAUGGGGACUCCAUCCAAACCUGUCCCCAUUACGAUCGCACAUUCGUCUCACGCAUCAACCUGA